AAGUUUGAGACUUCCAGCACCUUUUGCACAAAGAAAGAUUUCCUCAUUGCAUUCCUGAUAGAUCGCGAUCUCAUUUUACUGGGGCCAUUGCGAUAGGAUUUGAUUUAAACAGGAGAGCCCGGAACGAUAACAUUCAUCAGAGGAUUACUCAGCUCGGGAGAAGCAUGUCGCCGUUAGCGCUAUGGGUCCUGAGCCUCAUGGCACCUGCAUUCUCCCUAACAACUGAGCAAGAAGCCCAGCAAUUUCUGGACAGAUUUAGCAAGGAUGCUGAGAAACUGGUCUACAAAUCAUCCCUGGCAUCAUGGACAUACAACACCAAUAUCACGGAAGAAAAUGCCUUGCAGAUGAACAUAGCCAGCGAGGCGUGGUCUGCAUUUUACCAAAAUGCCUCGGACGAAGCAAGUAAAUUUCCCAUUGGACAGAUAAAGAACAAACAAGUCAAACUGCAGCUCAAGAUGCUUCAGGAUAAAGGCUCUGGGGUCUUACCUGCAGAGGAAUACCAACAGCUGUCAAAAAUUCAGAAUGAUAUGGUCAGUAUCUACAGCACGGGAACAGUCUGCGAUCCAAAUGAACCCAGUCGCUGCAUGGAAUUGGAGCCAGGGUUGACCGUUCUGAUGGCCGAGAGCAAGGAUUACUACAAGAGGCUGUGGGCCUGGGAAGGCUGGCGAGUGAACGUGGGGAAACGAAUGCGACAACUCUACGAGGAAUAUGCAGCUCUGAAGAACAAGGCAGCGAAAAUGAACGGUUACGAAGACUACGGUGACUACUGGCGGGGAAACUACGAAACCGAUGAUGUUGGAGUGUAUGCGUACAGUCGAAACGAUCUCCUGAAAGAUGUGGAUCGAAUACUUGAAGAGAUAAUGCCCCUGUACAAGGAACUGCAUGCAUAUGUGAGAGCAAAACUCAGAGAUACCUUUGGGCCAGAACAUAUCAGCUCCACAGGAUGUCUCCCUGCUCACUUAUUGGGUGACAUGUGGGGAAGAUUUUGGGGAAACCUGUAUCCUUGGUCAAUUCCAUAUCCCUCCCAGGAAGACAUCGAUGUGACAUCUGAAAUGGUCAAACAGGGAUGGAAUCCAAAAAAAAUGUUUCAGAAGGCAGAUUUAUUCUUUCAAUCAUUGGACCUUCAACCUAUGAAUGAUCAUUUCUGGAACUAUUCCAUGAUUGAGAAACCUACAGAUGGCCGUAAAGUUGUUUGUCAUCCAACAGCUUGGGAUAUGGGCAACAGAGUGGAUUUCAGGAUUAAAAUGUGCACCAAAGUUAGCAUGGAAGACUUCUUGACUAUUCACCAUGAAAUGGGCCAUAUACAGUAUGACAUGGAGUACGCUAAUCUGACCUACUUAUUGCGAGAUGGGGCAAAUGAAGGUUUCCAUGAGGGUGUAGGGGAGAUCAUGUCACUGUCAGCAGCUACUCCCAAAUAUCUAAAAUCACUGGGUCUUCUUUCCGAUUCUUUCACCGAAACAAGUGAGAUUGACAUCAACUUCCUAUUGAAGCAAGCACUGACUAUAGUGGGUACCUUACCUUUCACAUACAUGAUGGAGCAGUGGCGAUGGGAAAUGUUCCGAGGAAACAUACCCAAAGAUCAGUGGAUGAAAAGGUUUUGGGAAAUGAAACGCAAGAUUGUUGGCGUUGUUGAACCUCUGCUCCAUGAUGAAACCUACUGUGACCCAGCUGCUCUCUAUCAUGUUUCCAAUGAUUACUCCUUCAUCAGAUACUACACAAGGACAAUCUACCAGUUCCAGUUUCAUGAAGCUCUGUGUAAAGUUGCUGGCCACAAAGGCGAGCUACACAAAUGUGCCAUCACCAACUCCAAUAAAGCAGGCAAGAAGCUCAGUGAUAUGCUUAAAUUAGGGAAGUCUGAAUCCUGGACUAGAGCUCUCGAGAAGAUAGCAAACCAAACCAGAAUGAAUUCCGCACCGCUGCUGAAAUAUUUUGACCCCUUGUAUACCUGGCUGAAGAAAAAUAAUGCAGACAAUCAUCGAAGGGUUGGCUGGGACACUGACUGGAGGCCAUAUAAAAAAAAUGCAGUUAAAGUACGGAUUAGUUUGAAGGCAGCCCUUGGAGAGAAUGCUUAUGCCUGGGACGUAAGUGAGAUGUACUUUUUCAAAUCAGCUGUCGCCUUUUCCAUGAGGAAGUACUGGGAGGAGUCGAGAAACCAGAUUGUCAACUUUGUGACCGAGAAUGUUUUUAUAUUCGAUGAAACAAAAAGGAUCUCUUUUUAUUUCUAUGUCAACAACCCAAAGAACCUUUCUGAAAUUAUUUCAAAGGCAGAAGUGACACAAGCUAUCAGAAAGAACAGAGAGAGAUUUAACAGCGCAUUCCUGUUGAAUGACGAGACACUGGAGUUUGUUGGUAUUAAGCCAACUCUGGCACCAGCACAUGAACCUCCCGUGGCGGUCUGGCUGAUUGUGUUUGGGAUUGUUAUCGGUCUGGUUUGCAUCGGAUUAACAAUCCUGAUCAUCAGUGGCAUUCGGGCAAGAAAACACAAAAAAGCACAAGACACCGAGAAUAAUGAGCUUCAAAAAACCAAAGAUUUACCAGCAUUGCCUUAUGAGGAGAUUGUGUUCGAACAGGGGGUUAAGAACCCAGCUUUUGCCACGGGUACAUUGAGUACGGAGUUGUAGACGCGGUCAAUCCCACACAUUUUUUGAACGUACUUGGACUAACUAUGGAACUUAUGGAAUUGUGUACUGAAGCAUUCGGUGAAGUUCAAUUAAUGCAGUUGAUAUCUGGCAACAGAAUUAGCCCAAAUUUCCACAAAGUUUUGACCGUUUAAUCUGGAUUUACUCAAGUGCAACUUACCUACACAUCAGAUCCCCAAUAAAGAGAACUGUCCCUGCACGAAGCUGAUAGUCAGGACCCUCAGAUAUCAAGAGACAAGCAAUCUCAUAGUACAGUAUUCAGAAGCAGUGUAGACUUCCCACAAUGUCAUCGCAGCCAGCACUUUGUCAUCGACAGCAGCGAUAGAACAGGAUAUGUAGCUCAUUCCAUGACCCGCCAUUGAAUCCUGUUUAUUAUUUGGCUGGAGUUGAGGAGAUGUCUGGCCUGGUUUUAUGCAGUAAAGAUUGGUGAAGGAGCAUGAGUUCAAAGAUCCCCAAAAUGUUCAAUGCUGUGUCCGAAUCUUCCCCACAUCGUCAAAUACAUUCGUCACCUCGGAGUCUUGAUUUCAAAUAGCGCACACUCCCUCCAUUGUAGCCUAAAUCUGCUGUAAUGGUUCUGGACAAAUAAAGAUAUAAAGGCAUCCCAGUUUU